AUGUGUUCUACGCUGAAGAUAUGCCACCUGACCAAUGGCGUGGCACAGCACAUCGAUCGUUUUCGUAGACGCAAGUCUCAUGGCACAUGCGCUUUGAUUCUGAAGAUCGAUCGAACCAGUCACGAACUGGUCGUCGAAGAAGACUUGGAGGACUGUGAUCUCACUACCGUAUGCAACCACUUGCCUGACCGCCAGCCUCGCUUUGUGAUCCUCAGUUAUCGUUCCGAACAUUCCGAUGGGAGGCUAUCAUUUCCUCUGUUGCUUGUAUACUGCACUCCUCCGGGAUGCAGUCCUGAAAUGCAGAUGAUGUACGCAGGUAGCAAGAACAACGUUGCCAACGCUGCCGGGGUCGAUCGAGUAUGCUAG